AUGGCGGGACUAGUCGGUCGAACAAUUUGUAGCCGUCGUUUAGUCGGAAAAAUUCGUUACUUGCACACGAGCAGAAAACAUUUUGACCAGUAUAAAUGCGUGGCUGUUAAUGAAGUAGAAUCCUUUGUAGAGCGAUGUAUGAGCGCAGUGGGAACACCUUUAGAACAUUGCAAAGCUUUGGCGCAAGUUCUUGUUGCCGGCGACGCGAGAGGUCAUUUCAGCCAUGGGCUCAAUAGACUAGAAAUGUAUGUCCAUGAUAUAAAUGUGGGCUCCACAGUUAUAAAUGGAGAUCCUGAAAUUGUUAGAGAAACCAGUGCUACAGCACUUGUUGAGGGAAACAAUCUUCUGGGGCCAGUUGUGGGAAACUUUUGUAAUGAUUUAGCCAUGAAGAAAGCUCAAGAGACAGGAAUUGGCUGGGUUGCUUGCAAAGGUUCUAACCAUUAUGGUAUUGCUGGUUGGUAUACAAUAAAAGCAGUGGAGAAAGGACUUAUUGGGAUGAGUUUUACCAACACAUCACCAUUGGUUGUACCCACAAGAGCACGUCAGGUUACUUUGGGAACCAACCCUUUGUCAGUAGCUGCACCAGCUAAAAAUGGUGACAGCUUUGUUCUUGACAUGGCAACAAGUGCAGUGGCUCUUGGAAAGAUAGAAAUGGCAGAUCGAAAGGGAGUUGAAAUACCACAUGGAUGGGCAGUGGAUUCAAAAGGAUUGGAAACUGUCAAUCCUGAAAAAGUUUUAUCAGGAGGAGGACAGCUGCCACUUGGUGGAACAGAAAUAACAAGUGGUUUCAAAGGAUAUGGUUUAGCAAUGAUGGUUGAGGUGGUUUGUGGCAUCCUGGCAGAUGCUGCAUUUGGUCCCAAUGUAAGGAAGUGGAAGGGUGAUGACAGGGUGGCUAAUUUAGGUCAGUGUUUUGUUGCUGUUGAUCCUAAAGCAUUUUCUGAAGGGUUUGAGGACCGCAUGCAGUCACUUAUGGAUCAUUGCAGAAAUCUGCAACCGGCAGAGGGUGAGACCACUGUGCUUGUAGCAGGAGACCCAGAGAGGGCCCACAUACAAAAAGUGAAAGAAGAUGGUGGUAUUCACUAUCAUGUUAAUUUGCUGGAAGCUAUGGACAAGCUUGCCGACCAACUAGGUGUGCCAUGCAUGCCAACAAAGUAAUACCACUCACACAUACAUGACAUUACUCUUGUCUUAAAGAAAAGAUAUUUUACCAAUGACUUAUAUGUAUGCGCCAAAGGAUCAACUUAUUUUUAGACAAAGUAUUUAACCAUCACAAAACAUACUCAAGAGCUAAAGUGCCACUUUAAGUAAGGGGUACCAAAGAGUUAGGAAAUUACUGUACCUACCAAAAAGGGAAAUUAGGACUAAAUUAGUGUUUUAUUACAAAUCUUUCUAUGUGCUUAGCUCAUUUUUCUCAUAGAACUUGGCUUGUAUGCCAGGCCUGUGAUAA